UGCUGGCGGCGCCCGUCAGCCCAGACUCCACAACCGAGCCCGGGGCUUCGGCGGCUGCCUCGGAGCUCCCCUGCGGAUUCAGCUCGGCGGUCAGGAACCGCGUCUCUGGCCCGGGUUAUUUCAGCGCGGGUCCAAGAUGCGGAGCUGUGCUUCGUGAGUGGGCUCCAUGACCCUGAGUACUUUGGCCGGCGAAAGGAAGGCGCCCCCUGCCAGCACCUGCAGCCUCGGUGGCCCCGACAUGAUCCCCUACUUCUCUGCCAAUGCGGUCAUCUCGCAGAACGCCAUCAACCAGCUUAUCAGCGAGAGCUUUUUAACUGUCAAAGGUGCUGCCCUUUUUCUACCACGGGGGAAUGGCUCGUCUACACCAAGAAUCAGCCACAGACGCAACAAGCAUGCAGGUGAUCUCCAACAACAUCUUCAAGCAAUGUUCUUAUUACUUCGCCCAGAGGACAACAUAAGGCUGGCUGUAAGAUUGGAAAGUACUUACCAAAAUCGAACACGCUAUAUGGUAGUGGUUUCAACUAAUGGUAGACAAGACACUGAAGAAAGCAUUGUCCUGGGAAUGGAUUUUUCUUCUAAUGACAGUAGCACUUGUACCAUGGGCUUAGUCUUGCCUCUCUGGAGUGAUACCCUAAUUCAUCUGGAUGGUGAUGGUGGGUUCAGCGUAUCAACAGAUAACAGAGUUCACAUAUUCAAACCUGUAUCUGUGCAAGCAAUGUGGUCUGCACUGCAGAGCUUGCACAAGGCUUGUGAAGUGGCCAGAAUGCAUAACUACUAUCCAGGCAGCCUUUUUCUCACUUGGGUGAGUUAUUAUGAGAGCCAUAUCAACUCGGAUCAGUCCUCAGUCAAUGAAUGGAAUGCUAUGCAGGAUGUGCAGUCUCAUCGACCUGACUCUCCGGCUCUCUUCACAGACAUACCAACUGAACGUGAACGAACAGAAAGGCUUAUUAAAACCAAAUUAAGAGAGAUUAUGAUGCAAAAGGAUUUGGAAAAUAUCACAUCCAAAGAGAUACGCACGGAGUUGGAAAUGCAGAUGGUGUGCAACUUGCGAGAAUUCAAGGAAUUCAUAGAUAACGAAAUGAUAGUGAUCCUUGGUCAGAUGGACAGUCCCACACAAAUAUUUGAGCAUGUGUUCCUGGGCUCAGAAUGGAAUGCCUCGAACUUAGAGGACUUACAGAACCGAGGGGUACGGUACAUCUUAAAUGUCACUCGAGAGAUAGACAAUUUCUUCCCCGGAGUCUUUGAGUAUCAUAACAUCCGCGUAUAUGAUGAAGAGGCAACGGAUCUCCUGGCAUACUGGAAUGACACUUACAAGUUCAUCUCUAAAGCAAAGAAACAUGGAUCUAAAUGCCUUGUGCACUGCAAAAUGGGGGUGAGUCGCUCCGCCUCCACCGUGAUUGCCUAUGCAAUGAAGGAGUAUGGCUGGAAUCUGGAUCGAGCCUAUGACUAUGUGAAGGAAAGACGAACAGUGACCAAGCCUAACCCCAGCUUCAUGAGACAACUGGAAGAAUACCAAGGGAUCUUGCUGGCAAGCAAGCAGCGGCAUAACAAACUCUGGAGAUCUCAUUCAGACAGUGACCUCUCAGACCACCAUGAACCCAUCUGCAAACCUGGGCUCGAGCUCAACAAGAAGGAGAUGACCACUUCAGCAGACCAGAUCGCUGAGGUGAAGACUGUGGAGAACCUCGCAGCCAUGCCUCCCGUCUUUGUAGAGCAUGUGGUUCCACAAGAUGUAAAUCAGAAAGGGCUUCAUACCAAAGAAAGAGUCAUCUGCUUGGGGUUUUCUUCACAGGAAUUUCAUACCGGACAGAUUGAAGAUGAACUAAACUUAAAUGACAUCAAUGGAUGCUCAUCAGGGUGUUGUCUCAGUGAAUCAAAAUUCCCCCUUGACAACUGCCCUGCAUCUAAAGCCUUAAUACAACCUGGACAGGCCUCAGAAAUGGCCAACAAGUUCCCAGACUUAGCAGUGGAAGAUCUAGAGACAGAUGCACUAAAAGCAGACAUGAAUGUCCACUUACUGCCAAUGGAAGAGUUGACAUCUCGACUGAAAGACGUCCCCAUGUCACCUGAUCCGGAGUCGCCAAGCCCCCAACCCAUUUGCCAAGCCGCCAUCUCUGAUUUUAGUACAGAUCGUAUUGAUUUUUUUAGUGCCCUAGAGAAAUUUGUAGAGCUUUCUCAAGAAACCCGGUCUCGGUCUUUGUCCCACUCAAGGACAGAAGAGCUAGGUGGAGGAAGGAGUGAGGGUUGUCGCCUGUCAGUGAUAGACGUGGCACCUUCAGAAAUGGCAGCUGAUAGCCAGAGAAGCAGCUCUUUGAGUAACACUCCCCAUGCAUCUGAAGACUCUUCAGUGGAUGAGGACCAGUCAAAGGCAGUCUCAGAACUUGUCAGCCCAGACAUCAUCAUGCAAUCUCACUCAGAAAAUGCAAUUUCAGUCAAAGAAAUUGUCACUGAAAUUGAAUCCAUUAGUCAAGGCGUUGGGCAGGUUCAGUUAAAAGGAGAUAUGCUCUCUAACCCAUGCUAUACACCAAAGAAGAACACCAUCCAUGAGCUGCCCCUGGAAAGAACACAUGCCCCUGAGAACAAACCUGGGCAUUUGGAGCAGGACGAGAGUUUCUAUACAGUCCAGCCUGAACUAGCCGAAGAUUCAGGGAAGUACAACCCAGAAGGCUGUCUAACCACACACCCAUCCACAGCAGACUUGGAAGAAGAGGAACCAGUUGAGGAAGAACAUGACUGGGGCCCAGGGAUGCACCCUGGUGCCAAGUGGUGCCCUGGGUCUGUGAAGCGAGCCACCCUGGAGUUUGAAGAGCGCCUGCGACAGGAACAGGAGCACCAUGGUACCACCUCUGCGGGUGCCACAUUAUCCAAUCGCAAAAACUCUAAGAAUGAUUCUUCUAUGGCAGACCUUAUGCCAAAAUGGAAAAGUGAUGAAACCACUCCAGAACAUUCGUUUUCCCCCAGAGAAGCAGAGAUGAGCAAGGGAAAAGGAAAAUGCAGUGGGUCUGAAGCUGGACCACUGUCCCACUGUGAACAUAAUGCCACUGCUCCAGCCCCCGAGCGGGAGAGUCAUUCCUUGCAAACACCUCAGAACUACCUAGGGUUGGAUACUGGAACCAAGAAGCAGGAAGGAGACUUGAAGAAACAGAGGACUGUGAUUCCAAACCAGGAAUGUGAGACACAGGCCAUCCCGCUUCCCCUUCCCAAGAGAAUAGAAAUUAUUGAGUACACACAAACAGUUACACUUGAUCACACUGAGCCAGGAGGUGAAACAGCACCCAGCAAAGAGGGCGGAAAACAAGAACUGAGGAAGGUGAAGAUGGAGAGAUCUGUCACUGUGUUUUGUGCACUGGAUGAAAACCUGAACAGGACUCUGGACCCCAGCCAGGUUCCUCUGCAUCCCCAAGUGCUACCUCUGCCUCACUCUUCCUCUGAAUAUGAGAGGCUCACUGACCCAACCCCCAUGCUAAGUAGCCCUGAAGACAAGGGAAAUGGCUCUUCAGCACCCUUCGAGAAAGCAGCAUCUUUGGUGAGUGGCAGUACCCACAUAGCAUCCAUCAACUUGGAUUACCUGCAUCCCCAGUCUGUGGUUCACCUGGAAGGCUGCACAGAGCAGAGCAGCACCACAGACAGCGAGCCGUCUACAGAGCAGGUCAGCUGGGAAGACUGCCAAGAGGGCUUCCUUUCAGGCUGCGGUGGAGUGGCACACAAGUUAUCUCAGUUAAGUAAUGAAGACCUAAAUUUAAUUAACAAACUUGGUGACAGUGCUGGGGUGUUACAGAAAAAACUGGACCCAUCACCUGAAGCCUGUAGAAUCCCACAUAGCACUAGUAGUGAAAAUAUAAGAGAUCUCAGCCACAGCCCUGGUGUGGUGAAGGAGCGCGCUAAAGAAAUUGAGACUCGAGUGACCUUCCAGGCAGGGCUCACCAAGACAUCACAGAUGAGGCGCUCAGCUUCUCUUGCCAAGCUGGGUUACCUAGACCUUUGUAAAGACUACUUAGCGGAGAGAGAGCUUGUCUCCUCGGAAUCCCCUCAUCUCAAAUUGCUUCAGCCCUUCAUCAGAACAGACUCAGGCAUGCAUGCCUUGAUGGCCCAGGAGCCCUUAGAAAGCCCAGGUGCCCACCAGAACCCACAGCCCACCAAGUAUUUUGUAGAGCAACUCAAAACAACAGAGUGUAUUGCACAGAGCAAGCCAGUGGAGAGGCCCCUUGUGCAGUAUGCCAAAGAAUUUGGGUACAGCCAGCAGUGCUUGCUCCCUAAGGCAAGACCAGAAUUGACUAGUUCUGAAGUAGGCCUUCCUUUGCUACAGACACAGGGCCUGCAGUGUACAGGCCCCGCUCCAGGGCUGGCUGUGGCACCCCGCCAGCAACAUGGCAGAACUCACCCCCUUAGGAGACUGAAAAGAGCAAAUGAUAAAAAACGGACGACCAACCCCUUCUAUAACACCAUGUGACCCUGAGCCUGCACACGGUUUUUUGUAAAGGGCGGUGGAAUAUGUAAGGAACAUGCACUUUAUUGGUUAAUUUUAUAAUAUUUUGGUCAUUUUACUGCUCCUGACUCAUGCAGGGUUUGGGUUUUUUCGUGUGUGUGUGUGUGCGUGUGUGUGUGUGUAUGUACAUACGUGCAUGUGUGUUUGUACGCAUGUGCGUGUGUACUGAUUUGAAUGGCAAGAUCAUUUUAGCAUUUUUUAUUUUUAAAAAAUUCAAACCUCAAAAAUUUUUUUUUCAAAGAGCACCUUUAUCAAAGGCAUAUUGCUGUUUUUCAAUCAACUGCCACCUGUCUCCUUACUUUGCCCUCUGAGAAAGACCUGCCUGCUUGGCUGAGGGAAAGAAACAGGGUAGGUGGCACUGAGGCUCAGAAGUAGAGAUGGCACACCAGGCCUGAGACAGCCUGCCCACUGAGGGCGGAGGGAAGUUGCUGCUUCCUUUGGAGUUCAUGAAGUUGCAGGUUCUGCUCUGCUCUAAGAUGCAGUUGAGACUCCAUUUCUCCUGGUAUCCCAAGUAUAUCAAUCAUUGCGAUAAAGGGAUUUGUGAUUGGCCUGGUGAUAGAAUUCUACAAAGUAAAUAAUUUUCCCCAAAAAAACAAUCUGAAAAUCUAAGGGGACCCUAAGCAAAACUCAGGGUCAUCUGUAGAGAGACACAUUAAGAGAGAAGGUUGAAGCAAAGGUGGAAAAGCAGCCACUGAGUGACUUCUAGGUUAGUGGAAUCCACACAGGUGGGGCCUGGCCCCUCUACGAGGUGACGGGCUCUGCCACAGCCUCCAAACUAAAGACCUGGAAACAGGUUUGAAAAACAGCAAAGUCAGUGUGCUUUUGUAAAAUGAAUACAUACGUGGGGUUUAACCCUUCCAUUACUUGAAUAUUCUGUGGGCCUUCAGAGUUUAAUGGCCAUAGCUUUCCAAUUCACUUCUUCUCUCCUGCUGUUUUCCCUAUCUGCCUCUUUCUUAAUUUCACAGAUUAUAUUUUAAUUGUUACAUCAUAUACCUAUAACCUAUUGAACACAGUUUUCUAUGUUAUCCCUGUUAACACUUGACAUAAGUUGGGUUUUUUUCCCUCAUUUUCCUGGAAGAUUUGUCUUUUCUCUACAGUUCAUACACAGUAUUUAUGUACAUAAUGUCACUUUUUAAAUGUUUUAUUGUUGAUAUUGUGGGAUCUUUUCCGAGUUAUUCUUUUUAAGGAGUAGAGUUGCAACUGGAAACAGAGAGACCAGAAGUGAGCAGACAGUUGUUGGUAGUGUAUUGAUGGUGACUUUGAUUGUUUUAAAUGGAAACUUCUAAUUGCCAGCUCCUGCCAAAUUAUGCACUUCCUCUUCAGAAACCCCUAUAGGCCCCCAUUAGAAUACCCUGAAUGCUAAAGUCCCAGAACAUUGUUUGCACAGCCAGGCAAUGUAUGUGCAUUGCUCAAAGUAGCCUCUUAGUAGGGCUGAUGCUUGGGGGCAGCUCAGCCAAGGGCGCAGCUUCCAUUUAGGACGCCAUUGCUUUCUUGUUGAUGUGCUGAUCUUCACACUGGAGGGCCUGCUGUAAAUAAGCCUCUGAGAGUCCUACAAAAAAAAAAGUCUGGCCUGAAAUGAAAGAACCCAGUAACGCACCACAGCUCAUCAAAACUGAAAAGGUCUACAGAUUUGCUUCCUGCUUGCUUUUGUUGAUGUCCACAUUGCUGAGUACUGUAUAGGUAAGAGCCAGGGACUUAGGUUUUUAAUUCAUCACAGCCCUAAGAAAAAAGACAGACAGAUUAUCAUCAGAGACAGAAUUUGGAGGGAGCAGAUAGUAGGAUACAGAAAAGGAAAAUUGGGGCCAUUUUCAAGUUGUCCAGAGCUGUGGAUCCAGUUGCCAUACUAAAGCCAUGGUUGGGUAUAAUGUCACUGCUGCUGAAAACACAUGGUGUUGAAGUUGCGUAUACCUGUGCUGUCUGGUAGUUCCUUUAAAGCCCACAACUUUGUGAGCCCUGGAUGUUUAUGUGUUGUCUCACUACAUGGUAGGUACCAGCGUGAGGGUGGCUUAGGAGGCAAGAUGGAGGAUCGCAGGGCUCGUGCUAAAGAGCCCCAUCCACCAAUAUGACAGGAGGACAGGAGACAAUGGAAGAGUGAGGAGUGUUUGCGUGGGGGGGGGGCAUCACCAAAAGUGAUGAAAGCUGGGUAUAGUGGCACACAUCAUUAACCCCAGCACUUGAGAGACUGAGGCAGGAGGAUCUCUGUGAGUUGGAGGCCAGCUUAAGCUACAGAGUGAGACCCUGUCUCAAAAAAGUGACAUCUAUAUGUCACACAUUAUCAGCAAUGGGCACUGUCCUCUCAUUUGCCAAUAUAGAAAGCAUUUCUCAUGGCAGAGACUAAGAGAAAAACCCUCUGGUGCUUGGGGUGGUGGGGGGGGAAGGGGGAUACCUGUUUCUGUUUUAAAGAAUGGGAGAAACCAUCUUGUGCUGUCUUCCUUCUUAAUUACAUUUCUUACCAUUUCACUCACCUGCCUAGAUAUCUCACACAGGGUAUAUAAGUCAGCUAUGCCAAAGGGUCUUGCCAGCCCUCCCAAAUCCCCACAUUUGGGUGUUCUUAAGUCAUGUUCAUGGCUAAGGCAGGUACAUAAUAAGCUGUUGAGAACUUUUUUUUAGCUUCAACUUUUGAUAAUUUGAUUGCCUGUUUGCCUUUUCUGUUCAUUGAAAGCCCAGACCUGACUGAUGAACAGCUGAGCAGGAAAAGCUUUGACCUCUUAACUAGUACUUCACCUCCUGCUCAGUGCCUCUCUCUCUUUACUGCAGCCCCACCCGUGGUCCUGGAAAAGCAUGAGCACACAUGUGAGCACUUCAACAGGCUGGGCUGACAUUUCAGUGCCUGGGGUAACGGCCCAGGAGCAGACAGGAUUGGACCAGGGAGUGGGAGAGGAUCCCAGCCAACUGCUGGCUCUGAGAAGCAGCCGGUGGACGGGUUAACAGCACAGCAGGCGCUCUCACAUCUCAGUUUGCUUUCCCCUUGCUCUUUUUAACACAUUUCCUCCUGCAUGCCACCUCUUCGGGAUCUUAAGUAUUUUCCUGUUCUGUGCCUUUGUCUCUGCCACUAUUUUCUUCUUUCUCAUCUUGAGAACUACCAAGAGCUCCAAGGACAGCCUCCUAAGGCCUCCUGCUCCUGAGCCCAGAUGCCUCAUCCGAGAAGCCUCUGGCACCACGCUCACAAGAGUCUUCACCCGAGGGCUUCACUUAGUAAAGAUGUUCUCUGUGGGAGUUGGGUUUGGUUUUUUUUUUUUCUAAGAAAGCAUUAUGCAAAAAGUUUUAAGGGCAUUUUAAAGAAAAGCCAUUUUUGGGGGCUUUUUCCAAACUAUUUGUGGAUACUUUGUUUACUUUGUAAGUAUUAAAAUAUGCAUCAUCUUGGUGGCCACUCAGGCACUGAAGCCAUGGCUGUCCUAUGAGUCCUUCCCCAGAGAAAUGCCAUAUUAUCAUCAGCCCCUGUGGAUAUGUGGGUCAGAUGUGGCUGAUUUCCGUCUGUGUCUGGCACUGCAUCCAGCAGUCUUUUUUCCUCAAUAGUAGUGUGUGUCCGUAGUGAUGGUCGUGAUGGUGAAUGGCUAGUAUGGUGGUUUCAUUUUCAAUUUUCGGUGGUAGACAAGGUGACAUUUUCAUUGUUUCAGCACCAAUCCAACUUAAAAUAUCAUGGACAUUGUUAUCCCUUCCAAACUAAAAAGAUAAAGCAUGUAUUGGACAUAAGUGUAUGUGUUGCCUCAACUCAUCUGGCACCGAUAUUAGGAAGAGGCCUGCCACCAAAGCAGGAAGCUGCACACUCCUUCCCUGGGCGGGCGCUGGGAUUUCUUGAUGAAGCCAUGGAAAGCGACUGCACGGUGCUUCUACGCCGCUCCAGCUGAAGUGGAGUGGACUAGGCCUGGCUUCUGCUACGAAGAGAACCAGCCUCAUCUCGGUGUCCCAGAGAUCCAGGAUGGGGUAUCUAAACUGGAAUCGCCCCUUAGCUUGAAGAGCCCCUUCCCCUACCACCAAGAGAUAUAUGGUUGGUGCCGCCAAUCUGUCUUCACAGCGAUGCUAGUGGCAGUGCCCUGCCCACAGAGAGCUAAUACCCCAAAUGGAAAACUGAGGAACUGACCUAAUGUUUCCUAGUCAGUACACCCAUUGGGAAUUGUUUGGUUUUAUGUUUUAUUUGAUUGUGAUUUGUUUGGCAUAGCUAAAGGUGCCUUCCCCACCUCCCCCCGCCUUUUUUUCAGACUUUGUUUUGUAAGACUUGUUCAAAACGUAAACAAGUCCAAAAGACUCGCACUGACUGUUACCUUUGCCCAGGCUGCCCCCAAACUUCUAUGCUCUCAUUUUAUUAAAUAAAAGCAGGUGCUCCCUGGAAUCUCUGGGACCUUUUUGAGGCAUUUAAAGCAGAAUAUAAAGAGUGGUCUCAUCUCCUUCCUUAAUCUUCCUGGUGGUUGGGAUGUCCCACUUGUAUCAUAGCUGUUUUUAUUAUUACUGAUGUGCUCCGCUGUUUUUAAAUGUGAACUUGUGCGCAGAUGUGCAGAUUCAAUGUUCUUGUUACAGAUUGAAUAAAUUUUUAUUUUGAAGACAAAA